AUGGUUCUGUUGCACCGAAGAAUCGGUGACGACAUUAGUGUUGCUGUCUCUGCUGCCGCUGCUAUGGAUGAUGAUGAUGAUGAUGAUGAUGAUGAUGAUGAUAAUUGUAUGAAGUGCUCUGUUUCGCCUGAAAUGGCUUCUGCCAAGCAAGAUAGUGCAACCUAUAACAUGACGUGUCUUCUCCGUGAAUGGGACAGAGCACCCAAAGAAAAACGCCGUCAGUUUCUGCAGGAUUUUAUCGACCAGCAUCACGAUCGUUCCGGUCCAGAACUAGAGUCCGAACUCGCACAAAUGGCCAGUUUAUUUCUGGCUCGUAUUUGUGUGUGGAUUAAGCUUACAUAUAUGUCCGGGACUUGUCUCACUGAGCAGCUGCAAGCCUUACACAUCUUUCUGGCCGCAUCUAGCAGCCACUCCUUUCUGCUGGAAUUUUUGGAACAUGGAGGGGUACUUUGCCUCCAAGAGCUUUGUCUCUCACCGAAUGGAAAAGAAGUGGACAAACGAUGGGCUCUGAAGGUCCUAUCAUGCGUUGCAAAUGCUGGUACCAGAUACAAGGAAACAAUUUGCGAGUGCUACGGAAUACGAGCCGUAGCGGAAUGUAUGGCAAAGUCCACUUCAGAGGAAACACAAGAAGAAGCUCGUAAUCUGCUACAAAUUUUAGCAGAAGGGAAUCCGCGAUUUUCCGAUCAGGUCUACAAGGGACUUAUUGGAGUGUUGCCAUGCCAUUCGCCCAAAGCACAGCAAUUGGCACUACAGACUAUUCGUGUGCUACAGCAAUCUCGCGAAACGGCGAAUCGGGCUCUGAUUGACCGGAUUAUUUACCUGCUCGAAUCUUUGCAUCUCGAGGUUCAGUCUGCAGUAAUUGAAUUGGUUCGAGAUCUCAUGCGUUUUGACCUAGCCGACGAUAUAUUGGUCGCUUUGGUCACACUUCUUCGACCACAACGAGAAAUUCAACUGGGUAAAUUAUUCACCGAGGCAGUAUCCGGCUCGGAUUCCAGUUCUGACAUGUCUGAAAGUGAAUGCGGUGACGAUUCCGAUAUAGCUAGCGCUUUGUCACAAAAUGAAGUAUCGAAAUCGUCCAAACCUCGCAAAGUCGGUGUGGGUCGGAAGCCUAAACUUGUUCUUACAGAAGAGAAAUCGACUGCACGUCCCCAUGCCAUGCGUGAUAUUCGAACGAAGAGCACCACUUCUUUACAAAGUUCGGCCUCCGGCCAUCGAGACAUAUCGACAAGGCCUGGCGGCGCUAAACAGAAGACCAAAACUCUUAAGAAGCGCGGUGAUUCUCAGGCGGAAGCUCAGCCGUUGCCAGCGUUUGUUCAGCAAGCGUCCGCAGCCAAAUGUAUCAGAAUUCUUGCGCAAGACUCCGUGGAGUUGACAAGGAAAAUACUGAGGUACCUAUGUCAAACCUAUCCGGUAAUUGAUCGGGUGGUUCGUGAGGCUAUGGGUCCAAGUAUGCACGACGAAUUCACACCGUUAUCUACCAAGUACGCAUCGACUUUUCUUUCGGAUACUACACUCAGGCAUUACGUAGCUCUGGAUGAAACUGCUUUUGCGUACUUCACCGAACAUAUAGACGGACCGGAUGUCUAG